AUGCUCAUUCUUUUACCUUCAUCCCUUGAUUCCUUUCUUCCACAAAUCAAGAGUGUAUACCUGAACAUAAACAUCAAAUAUUCGUCUUCCAAAACUGCACGCAUCUCGCCUCUUUCGCUAACUUAUUUCGGUCGUUGCUUAGCAAAUGGAAGCUACACUGUUAAGCUGCAUUUUUCAGAGAUAAUAUUUAGAGACAACAAAUCCUAUUUCAGUUUAGGAAGGCGAAUAUUUGAUGUUUAUGUUCAGGGAAAAUUGGAGUUUAAAGAUUUCAACAUUGAAAAGAAUGCUAGUGGAGUUGAUAAGGAAACUGUCAAGGUAGUUAAGCCAGUUGUUGUGAGUGAUAAGACACUAGAGAUUCGCCUCCAAUGGACGGGGAAAGGUACGAGGAAUGUUCCAAAGAUAGGAUCAUAUGGUUCUCUAAUAUCAGCUAUCUCAGUGGAGCCAUAUAACAAACCUCCAAAUCAGGAAAAAGAGAUAGAGAGUAGAAAAUCCAACACAAAGUUGAUUAUCGUUGGAGCGGUUUCAUCUUUUUGCCUUCUUCUCAUAGCUUUAGCCAUUCUUUGGUGGAAAUAUUAUUUUGGAAGCAAUGAUUCAAGGAAGGAAGUUCUUAGAGGACUUGAUCUGCAAACUGGUUUCUUUACCUUUAAACAAAUCAAAGCUGCCACUAACAACUUUGAUGCUGCAAACAAAAUCGGAGAAGGUGGAUUUGGAUCAGUCUACAAGGGUGUGUUAUUAGAUGGCACUAUUAUCGCAGUUAAGCAACUUUCAUCCAAAUCGAACCAAGGGAAUCGCGAAUUCAUAAAUGAGAUAGGCAUGAUUUCAGCUUUACACCACCCAAACCUUGUCAAAUUGCAUGGAUGUUGUAUUGAAGGAAAGCAAUUGUUGUUGGUUUACGAAUACAUGGAGAACAAUAGCCUUGCACAUUCUUUAUUUGGUUCUGAAGAAGGUCGAGUGAAAUUAGACUGGAAUACAAGGCAAAGAAUAUGCAUAGGCAUUGCAAGAGGUCUUGCUUUCCUGCAUGAGGAAUCAGCUAUUAAAAUUGUACAUAGAGAUAUCAAAGCCACAAACAUACUUCUAGAUAAAGACCUUAAUCCGAAAAUAUCAGACUUCGGUUUGGCCAAACUAAAUGAAGAGGAAAACACCCACAUUAGCACUAGAGUUGCUGGAACUAUAGGAUAUAUGGCACCAGAGUAUGCAAUGUGGGGUUACUUAACUGAUAAAGCUGAUGUAUACAGUUUCGGUGUCAUGGCAUUGGAAAUUGUGGCUGGUAAAAACAACACGAGAUUUCGCCCGAAUGAAAACUUUGUGUGCCUUCUAGAUUGGGCUACUUUCUUACAACAAAAUGGAGAUAUAUCAGAGCUAGUGGAUCCAAAUUUUGGGUCAAAAUUCAAGAAAGAAGAGGCAAAUAGAGUGAUUAAGGUAGCUCUAUUGUGCAUAAAUCCAUCUCCUUCGGUUCGCCCCACCAUGUCUAAAGUUGUGAGCAUGCUUGAAGGCAAGACUACCAUCCCUGAACUGAUCAUGAAUUCAAGUAAUCAUGAUGAUCCAUUCAAGUUCACCGGUUUGCGAGACAAGCUUGAUCAAACUUCACAACAAUCCUCCAAUGAAGCUCAAUAUAUUCUUGCUGAGUCAUCCAACUCAUCAUCAUGGAUUGAUUAUGCCUCUGCAUGAUCUCUUUUAUCAUUUGUAAGAUUGAAGCUGUGUUUUGUGCUUUUGUAUUAGCUUUGUUAAUUAACCUUUUGUGUGGCUUUACUAAGUAAGAUUAGAUUUUAGAGUCCUUUUGUGUGGUGAUCAGAAUGUUUGUUUUCUGGACCUUAAACAACCACAUAAUAUUAGUUUAUACUUAUAUCAAUUGUGUUGUUUUUAUUUUUCAUUUCA